AUGCAUUUUUAGGGGUGUCCCAUAUUACUCCGGAGGGGGGAUUCCUUCUUAACCAGUUGUGUGGAAAUGGCCAUCAUUUUGUUUUGGAUCAAGGUACAAAAAUUCUGUCAGUGAUGUAUUAAAGCCAACACCUGUCUGCAACUUUUUUCAAGUGAAAAUUUUUCAUUCGUCAAAAUUUUUUUUAUCACAGACGUUAGCAGAAGUACACUUUCAGGAUAUCACUUUUCAAAAAUGUUGUAGUUUACACCACUUUUUCAAGUUUUGCAAUAUUUAAAUCAUGUUCGCUGCUAUAACAUUUUUUUGCUGUGGCAGAUGGCUGUCUCGAUUUAUCCUGCCCAUCCCGUAUUAUCACAUUUGAUGGUACUUAUCUUCUUUUAUUCAUAAUUACUUUGCUUAGAUAUUUCCUACUGCUAUUUACAUUCUCAGUGUCAUUUCAAUCACAUGUGUAUUACACUACAAUUGCAUAUAUGCUUAUGCGUGUAAAAGUUUAUUGCUGAUUCCAUUCAUUGCAAGAUUUAUUUAAAAUUUGACACAUCUGUGUAACAAAAAAAAUGUCCUAAACAAUUAAUUAAUGUAUAUUUAACUAACUUGAAUGUAAAAGCUGAAUUGUCAGUUUUUAGGAGUCAAUUGUCUGGGCAGGAGUCUUUGUUUGCUGUGUAAAAAAUUCAAGAAUCGAAGCUUAUGACGUAUCCCCUUCAGUACCCACAGGAUUGGUGUGAUGCCUCAGUUCCUCCUAUUGAUGAUGCAUUAUAACUGAUUUCUUCUUUCCCAGUUUGAAUUAUCAUGUUUGAGUGAUCAAUAUGUAACUUGUUUCAAUUUUUCGUCUAUGAUUCUUUUGCUUCUUGCUAAUUUAUAAGGUUUAUGUUGGGUUGCUUCAUAUACAUUGUGCAUAUUAUUCUAAUCUAGAGAAUUUAAUAUGAAAUUAUUUAUAAAGUGUUAUGCAUGAAAUAUAGGUAAUGUCUAUGUCAAAAUUAUUAUCAAGUUCUGCAUGCUGCAUGGUGGCAGAAUUGCAGAAAAUAUGUACAGAUCCAGCAUUCUUGCCUUGAAGUCCAAAAUCAUGCUUCAAGAAUGACUGCUUAGAAAAGGUGCUUUGCAGAUAUGCUCUUUUUGAAAGUGCCAGUUUGUUUUUUUAUUCAUAUAUUUGGAAUUGGAAGUUUAUCUUUGUCAUUGAAAUUCACUGUCAAAAUAAACUUUGUGUGCUGAGAACUUAUUUGUCAAUUUCUCCUUAAUGUUAAAUGUGCCUGAUAUCUCCAUUUCAGUAUUUGAAUGAAUUGACAACCAUUGUUUUUUUACAAAUUUUGUACUGAUGGAACACUCUGUUUGACAGGAAAAACAUUUCUUUAUUCUCUUAUAACUGAGCUUGUUAAAUAUCUUAUCUUGUUAAAGUGUGUUCAAUCUGGUUAGUGCGUUUGCUUGCCUUACAGGCAUGUUCUGGUGCUAGUACAAUCAAAUGUCAAGGUACAAUAAUGUGAGCAGUCUGUUUUGAGAUGAGUGGCCGUCACUUUGGGAACAAUAAAUCUAACUUUAUUUUCUGUGUUCUAAUACCUUUUUGGGCUGAUUAGAACAAAAGAUGUUUGUAAUAUUUUUAUUUACAUCUUAUAAACUCAGCUCCCAUUAGGUAAUAUGGAUAAAAAAUAAAAAUGUGGUCUCAAACUUCAUUUUCUUAGUUGUGUAUAUGUAAAAAAUCAUGAAUUUCUUGAUUAUGCAAAGAUGUGAAGAAGAGAACAUACCUUAUUAAGUGAUUUCACUAUUUUGUCUAAUUAAAUAAUAAAUAAAUUUCUAGUUCACUUUAUUGACUAUUAUGGAAGACAGCAUGUGAUGACUGUGUUAAGAUUCUCAGGCAGUUAAGUAAAUAGUGAUAGUUGGCCAGUGAUUAGGUUUGCUACAUUUAUCUUAGUCAUUCAAGUAGUGUAAAGGGAGAAAAGUUUGUGUAACACAAAGAAAUAUCAACCUGUUAUUAAUAAUACUUGACAAUACUUUCCAAUUGUCCUUGAACUUUGGCUGCUUACAACGAGGCAGCAUCAUGCAGUACCCAUUACUGAAGGAAUGAAUUUUGCAUUGGAUUUGUUCACAUUCUUGAUUAUAUUCAAUAUUUGGAAGUCUGGAAGCAAGCUCCUUUUGCAAAAAAAUUAUCGGUUUUAAUUUACAGUAAAUCUCCAGUGAUCUCCUGCUUUUUUUUUUUUUUUUUGCAUGAAAUGUUACCUUGAACUGUUUUAAUGAAACUUGUCAGAAGCUGUGUGCAUUCAGUUGUCAGUAUUUAUUAAGUAUUCGGGUUUCUUCUGAGUUGAACUGAUUAGCAGGUUCCAAACCCAAACUAUCCUGUUGGUUACAUCGUUUUCAUUUACAAAAAAGAGCCACUGUAUUCUUAUGUUGUGAUGUGUGAAAAUCAUUGAUUUUGGUUUGUGAUGCUGUUUAGACUAAUACUUAGAAUAAGAAGACUAAUAAAGUAUUAUCUGUCAUGUAGAAUUUUGAAUGGCGUUUUUUAAAGUUAUUGUAAAAAAUAUUUUUAUCUUGAUCAAGUUUUUAUUAUGGUGUGUAGCACAAGUUUUUUGAAACAUUUUUUAGUCACAUCAUAGAAUCACUGUAAAAUGUUUCCUUUCAAGAUUUUUAAAUUAUGUGUCUUGUAGAUUUCUUAUAAAACGUCAUGCAUGUAUCUAAGAUUAGUAUGCUAUAUCCAUGUUUUUAUUAGUUUUUAUGAGCUUAAUAUAUAUCAUACCGUAUACUGUAUUCAUUCAAUUGAUAAUAUAUAGCUUCUUAUUUAUCCUAGUCCAAGUAUACUAGCCAUGCAUCUUUAUUAAUAAGAUUAAUCUGAAUAUUCUUCAUAGCUUGUUUUAGGAAGUGUGAAAUGUGAAACAUUUUCAAAAAAUACAUGCCCUUAAUAUAAAGUUAUUUUGCUGAUCUUAUUGUUAAGAUCUGCCUCUAGACCUUGCUUUGCAUUUCACAUACUCAUGAAAUUCUUUUAAAAACCCUAGAGAUGAGAGAAGUAAGUGUAUAUGCUAUGGAAAUAUUUUUUAUACACCAUAUUGAGCUUUUGAUACCACAAUAUUUCAUCUGCUUGUAAUCAAAUUUUUCAAAGGCUCAAAUUCAUUCAGAGAUGUGAAUGAUGAGAGUUUAAGCAUGAGCUUAAGAGUCAAGCAUUGAAAUUGUUGCUUGUGUUCAUUCACAGGUGCAGUUCAUUUAUUAGUGAAGAGGUGCAUUAAUGACGGCAUCUAACCUAUGCAUCUCAUUGUAUUACCUACCAUCAAUUCAAUCUUUGUCCUUCCUUCACCAUACUAAUUUCUUCAAACUUCUUGUGCUAAUUUGAAGUUGUGGAUGGUUGAACUUUAUAAGCUUGAAAUAACUUCAAAUCAAUCUUCUUUGGCUUAUUCAGAUCUUAUGAUUCCUGGUCCAGCACAUUUUCAUGAAUAUUUAUCAACCAAUGAUAUUUAUUUCUGUGUAUAAUUUAAUUUCCAAUUAUUACUACCUCUUCAUAAACAACCAUUCAAGUGAUUCAACUCCCAUUUGGGCAGUGUCAAUAUAUAGGUAAUUUAUUUAAUAUUACUCAUUGCAUUUUAUCAAUACAAAUGACUCUGCCACUUUCUAUCUGGAAAUAUGUACCAAUGUGGUCUCAAAUAAAUUAUAUGAAAUGUAUAAUCUUCUUUUAACUAUCCAACUCUGUAUUUUUCAAGCAUUUUAAUAUUCUGAGUUGUCUGCUUAUCCAAAAUAGCUGUCUUCUUAUUGCAAUGAUUCUGCAACAGAGCAACUGGCAAGUUUCAACAAGUCUCAAAACUCACAAAUAUUCAAGAUUUAUUAUACAUACCGCAAACUGCCACAAAUAACGUUUUAUGCCCUAUACUGCUAAGUCAGCUUAAAGAGCCUAACCUAUUUAAAUCAUUGCUUAAUUUAAACUAUUGACUUAGGUACCGUUUGGUGCUGCAAUACCUCACUGUUGACUUGUUACCUUAACAUUUCCUUGGUAUAAUUAGUAUAAAGUGUCUAUAACACACUGUACGGUUGGUGCGGUGCAGAAACUUCAUUGCUUAGCUUAUUGCCUUCAACACAGAGCUUUCAAUACCGUACUCAAACAUUUGAUCACAAAAUGUUCAUGCCAAAUAUCCUGCUGCUGCUGCUGGCCUUGAAUGUCUGCCACAUCUUGGCUACACAGGACUACUACAAGGUUUUGGGUGUGGAGAAGAAUGCUUCCACGGCAGACAUCAAACGUGCCUUCAAGAAGCUUGCUCUCAAGCACCACCCUGACAAGAGUGACGACCCCAAGGCCUCUGAGAAGUUCAUGACCAUAACUACGGCAUACGAGACGCUCUUCAAUGAAGAGAAGAGAAAGGCAUAUGACCGCAUGGGCCACGACGCAUAUGAAGCGUCCAAAAAAGCGGGCAGAACUCCUGAGGAGGAAGAGGCUUUCUCCAGCUUCUUCAGACAGUCGACUGCAUCUUCUCCCGACCAUGAGAGUUUCUUCCAGGGCUUCGACGAUUUCUUCAGCGGCAAACGUGGGCCCAACUUGCGGGACGGAGGAAUGUUCUUCCACACAAACGGCGCUCCAAUGUUUGAGAAUGAUGAUUUCUUCGAAGACAUCGUGUUUGACCCGCUAUGGAACGCGGACUCUGGCGAUCACUUUGGUUCAGGGCGAAGUUUCUUCGGUGGCGGUCACUUCCAGCAGCACCAACAGCAGCACAGCCAAGCCAAGUUCCAGCACCAUCAGCACCACGCCAGACACCAUCAGCAGCACCGAUUCUUCCAGGAUAACGAUGGUUUCUUCACCAUGUUUGAUGAUGGUUUCGGCCAUCACAGCUCCGACGGUAGAGGUUUCCAGCACAGGGCGGGCGCUACGCAGAAAUGCGUCACCACUAAAUACCGGAACGCGGACGGCCACAUGGUAGAGAGCACGUCGUGUACCAUAGGCUGAUCCUGGCUCAUGGAUGAUAGUACUUUACCAAUUGAUGAUGCUCUCCUAGAAAAUGAUACAUAAGGUCAAAGUCAGUGUCUGUUUAAAUAAAUAUGUAUUUUCGUACCUAAUCUAUAGUUCUUAAUAGGUUUUACUUUGCAUAAUUCAGAUGUUGGUGAUAAAAAUGAUGUAUAUAUAUUGCAGAAAUCAUUUAUAUAUUAUUAUUAUUUGCUGACGCGUACUACGUAUUGAGAUGUAGUUGACUAAUUAUGAAUAAAAAAUGUAGAUUUUUAUCUGUUGCGGAAUCCAAAUGUAUCUAUUUAUUAGAAAUUGAGAGUAUUUUUACAUGACAUUACAACUUGAGCUUCGAACAUUUUUUGAGUGUUAACACUACAUUCACCAUGAAAAGCGACAGCUUUCUAUCCAAGCUAUAUUUUCGCUACAUGUC